AUGGGCGAAUUUAACGAGACGUUGGCCGGUCAAUUCCCGUAUUUGAACAAUUCGAGGCAUUUACUGCUAAAAAGCGGGGGUGCCUGGGCAUCAGCGAUAAACUUUCCGUACCAGGUGGGACACUCCUUCUACAGCGCGAUAGUGUCGCAGUAUGAAUCGCAGCUGACAACCUCUGCGGCGUCCCAAGCGAUGAAUUUCGGUGCUUCCGCGUUCGUAGAGACAGCGGGCUAUUUCUUUAGUAACUACGCUGUGGGAUGUUUUGUGACGGCUUUGGUACUCAAUCGGAUCGUGGCCAUGAGUUCACUGAGAUCCCCAUCCACAGUCGUAAGGUUGCCGCUGUGGUCGCGGAUUUUGUUUCACGGCGCAGCGCUUGUGACCCUCAUUUACAACGUUUGGCUGACGCUGCGACCAGAUCCAAAAGGAGACCCCAAUCAGUAUUUUGCGCUGACAUAUGCCAUUAUUUGCCUCUCACAUUGCAUUGAGACUUUUGUCACAGUUACGUCGAACUCAAAACCCAUGGAGGAGUUUGACUACAGCAUAUUCGAACUUUCCAUGCAUUUUUACUCUCUCACAAGAUCUAACUCAUCCCGAGCAGACUUCGUACCGGACUGUCUCAUGGCGCUGCUGGGUCGCUUGAUAAUCCACAUUGUCGAGUUGACAAAUACGAGACAUUAUCGGCUGCUGUGUUCUACCAUCCUUAACGCUGGUCAUUUGGUUUACUUGGCUUGGACCGUGUUCAACGAGGGUUUUACGUCUUUACCGCUAUUGGUGAAGUACAGACACAUUCCCAAGACCUUGGCACUGGCUUGUAUAGCCGUGUCAGUAGCAUGUUACGGUCUGGCCUACCUGGUGAGACUGAGCCCAUAUAGCUCUAAUGACCCAUCGGAUUUGCGGUUUCAUUCGUUCAUGCAAAACUGGUACACAACUCUCAAUUGUACGGGGGAAGAAGAGUUUACUAGCACGCUCAUCAAUUUCGCCAUACUAAUAUGUAAUCCAGGACAAGUGGAGAAGCUUGGAAUCCAUCAGGAGCUUUCUCAAUUGUCUCACCAGCGCGAAAUUCACCGGUCUUUUCUGGUAAGUGGGUACAUGAAUAGAGAGUCGAACGUGGCGCAAGAGAUCGAUUCAGUCCAAGGAUUCAGUCAGCCGGUAUGGCAGAGGAAAGUCACGACUUUGUGGAAUCUUAGCAAAGCGCUCAAAUUCCGUAUUCUUUCACUCUUCAAGACUACCAAAAAACUGACUACGGAGUACCCGAAAGACCACAGCGAUCGCGGCAAAAAUCUGAAUGAUUACGUUUCGGACAAAAACUACAGUAAGUUUCUCGCACGGGCUCCAGAUUUGAAUGCGAACAGGGCCCCGCAGCCAGCCGAUUUCAAGUAUAUGUUGCCCGAAGACGAUUGGUCGGCAGACUACGUCGUGGAUGAGUCAAUUCUUGAGCAUGCUAGCGAAUGUUCCGAUGCAGAUUCCGAGGUUUCAGACAACUCCUCUGAAGAACUUCUCUCCGGAGCCGCAGUGGCAGAGCUCAUACUCCCAUCUUCUGCGACCUUCCCAGGCGCACCUCAUGCAACAGCGCAGGAACCACAGUGGCUAAUGUCGAUGUGGUCCAUCUUGCAGUGCGAGACACAAUUCGACAGACGGCUCACACGCUCGCAGUACUCCCAACUAAAUGAAACGAAUGUCUUAAGCGAGGUUAUGUUUCAACGGUCCCUAGAGACUCGCACCGCUGCCGGACAGAAAGCAGCCUUCACAUCCUCCGAGCGCGACCUUUCCUGCGUGGUGUGCAAGACCAAUGUCCGCAAUAUCGUGCUGUGGCCAUGCAAGUGCUUUGCCAUGUGCGAAGAGUGUCGGGUUUCCUUGGGUCUUAGAGGAUUUAACACCUGCAUCUGUUGCAGAGCUCCUGUGAAAGGCUACAGCAAGAUUAAUACUGUAUGA